AUGAAAUUCUUCGCCUUUGUCUUCGUCAGCGCCCUUGCGUCCGUCUCGCAAGUGAUGGCUGUUCCAGCCGCCGCGGGUGCUCUUACACAGUGCGGAGGUCCAGAUCACAUUGCAUGCGCCACGAACUUUACUUGCUGUGGACCAUUCGAUUCUGAUGGCUUCGGAACUUUCCAGUUCAAAGGGUGUUGCGACCACCAGCGACCCAUUGCUCUGCAAAAAAGUCCAGAUGCUGCUUGUGGUUGCCAUAUGCUUGCAGCUCCUUUACAUAUAGGCAAAGUCGCAUUCAGAGCAUCUAUACGCAACCAUUCAAAUCUAGCUCACGGAUACGUCGCCAGCGCCUCCAAAAAUUGGCGCACACCUGUAUGGAAUCUUGUCAAUGCGCUAAAGGAUCCACAUAAUCCUGAACAAAUUCACGACAUUCUCCGAGAUAACCAACUUACGGUCAAGCAGUUCGAGCAUUGGGAGAAUGUCCUUCGGCAACCCAACCUGACGCAGGCCAUUCAGGUCUUACAGAAUUACAAGGACAAGGUCGACGGGACAGGCAGUGCCAACAAUUCGUCAACAAAUUUUCCACCUUGGGUCCUUCUUUCCAUCGUCGCAUAUGUCGUCAAGACACCCGAAGAUGCUUCGGGCCCACUCAUGGAUUUGGUCUUCGAAAACCUCAAUUCCGUCGCCCCUGAAUUCCAGGCCCCACUUCUUAUUUUGACUGCCAAUCAGCUUGCCCAGCAUAACCUGCUUGUACAAUUCCGUCGAGUGCUUGAUGCCUUUUUGGUUGCUCCGAUUCCUGAACGCCACCAAAAGGCCCAAUUCAACUACCUCCUUAGAGCCCUUUCUCGUAUGCCAUUUCGCUCUGGUGAAGGUUCAACUAUGGCCAUGGAGAUCCUCGAAGUAAUGGACGAACGCACACUUCAAGUUGCCCCAAGUACAUACCACAUACUUCUGCACGAGGAUUUCGCCUCUUUGCAUCUCGCUCGUCAGCUUUUCGUCAGAAUUAUGACGCAGGAAAAUUUUCAACCUCCUGCCAAGCUUCUGGAGGCCUUUUUACGAUUAUUGACAAAGCACAAUAGAGGCGACCUUGCUCUCAAAUUUUACGACGCUAUACAACGUGUCAUUGAUAGUGCACCCCCAGGUUCUGAGGAUGCGAAUGAUGCUUAUAACACCCGCACCCGUGCCAGGACCAUCAUGCUCAAUUUCUUCAACAAGCGCUCAGAUGCCAAACAAUUCUUACAUUCUCUAUCCUCUCUACCUACGUCUCGACCUCGCAGCACACCCAUAGAUCCUACUCAUGCCCCCUACAACGAAUCGUCUGCCUUGAAUAUCGCUUCUAAAGACAGUACCGUCACUAUCAACAGGUUUAUCAAAAUCUUUCUAUCUCUUCCAACCAAGCCGACUAUUGUAACCUACACCAUUCUCAUCCGUGGGCUGCUCGCGCGGCGCGCGUACCCUCAAGCCGAGAUUUGGUGGCAAAAGCUGGUAAAACAGUCGACCAUCACAAUGGAUGCUUACGCACUUGUUGCCGGCGUCCAGGCGCUGAUUCGCAACGGGAAGCCUCAUGAAGCAUUCAUGUAUCUGGAGAAGUACGCCAAGAAACCGCCUGGCUAUCACCGACAAGUCUCUCCUUCGGUAUCUGAAUCAGAAUCCUCCACGUCUGCCCCAUCCACUCUCGCCCCGGGCGAAAAUUCUGUCGUACUCACAACCGUAUCUGUAAACGACAUCCUUGUCGCUCUUAAUCGGAUUUCGAGGCCAGAUGUCGUGUUCAGGCUCUUCACGCAUAUGAACGUACUUUAUGGGACGCAGCCUAAUUCCGCAACGCUCUCUAUCCUACUCCAGGCUGCACGACAGGCAGUGCAGAUAGAUGAUGCCGAUGUGUUGGCGGGUGUGUUUGGGAAGAUGAAACUGCUUGACCCGUUUAAACGCACGAGGUUUUUGCUUUCAAGCAAACGCGGGAAAGAACAUGAGCACGCACAAUCGGAAAAGGACGAAGCAGUAAAAGUCCGAGCAGACGCAGUGAACGACAUCCUGAGCUGUGUGGGCCACCCGUCGCGCGGGGGUCUGCGGCGGUACGUUAACGGUUCGCACUGGAUGGGUGUCGAAGCGGUCGAGUUUGGGCGCAGAACGUUCUUGCAAGCGCUCUUUGGUCGGGCAGUCGCAUCAGGCAAGGCCACAUAUGAACGGGUUUUGCGUACAGAAUCGCCAGCAGCAGCGAUCCGUGAGUCUUAUGAUGCUCCUCCACCCACUUUUAUUCGUGCGGCGCCGAAACCAUACGUGUUCGUACCUCCGGAUACAAUCAAAGCCGUGUCAAAAGCCUCUUCAAAACUCAAAGAUGAUCCUUCUCAAUGGUCACUUCUCACUUCAUCGGGCACCUCGCAUCUUCCAUCUGUAGCUCUGACCAACAACAACGUGUUGAACUAUAUACAGCUUCUAUGUGUUAGCAACCGUGUUGCGGAAGUCCCACUUGUCCUGGCGUGGGCACGAGAGUUGGGCGUGCAACCAUCCCGAAGUACACUGUCACUCGCUCUGGUAUUAUGGAGCGAAGUCAGUCAGAUGGCGCCGUUGGUGGCUUUGUGGCAAAAAAAGAAGGAGAAUAAGAAGCACCACGAUGAGGGUGACGCGGAUGAGCUGGGUUCCAGUCAGAGUGAAAUGAAUGAAAGCGAGGCAGUGGAUCUGGAAGAUGGCGGGGAGUAUAGGAAAUUUGUACAGUGGGUCGAAAGCUGGGUUGGAGCACAGAGGAUGCCUAAGGCGGAAGAUAUACAGAAGUGGCGCAUCGUCGUGCAUAGAAUGCGCACAGGCAGCACAUAUGAUGCAAAAGGGGACGGGUUCUUGCAACCGGAUGAUAGAUUAGAGUCCCAACAUGAAUGA